UCUUGCCCUGUAGGAAGUGGUGGGGAUGCUGAGUAGCCUGGGAGCCAGGAGAGACCGCAGCCAAAGCCCUACAGAGGACCGGACUCCCCAACCGAAGACCUUCGUGGCGCACGAGGGCGAGCCGGUGGAGAAGAGAGCCAGGGUGCUCUCCGUUGCUCCCCCUUUGACCCAGCAGAAGGCUCCUGAACCCCGGGCCGAGCCCAGAGGACUACAGCAGCAGCAGGUCCCAACAAUAGUGGUCCAGGAAUACAGAGAGAAGGCGAAGCUGAGCUCCCCACCGCUGCCAUACUCCUACGCCCAGGCCGUGACUCAGAGCAGACCUGAUUCGGCACUAUCUCAGGAGUCCUACCGGGAUUCUAUGCAGGAGCUUGAAGAGAGACGGAUUGAGGCUCAGGAACAAGCAUGGGCUCAACAGAAACACGAACAAGAGCAACAGUUCAGAUGGCAAGAGCAACAACAGCUGGAACAGCAGCUCAAGCAACAACAACAACAGCAACUACAUCAACAACAACAGCAACAGCAAUUAAAGCAACAACAACAACAGCAACUACAGCAACAACAACAGCAACUACAGCAACAACAGCAGCUAGAGCAACAACAACAACAACAACAACAGCAACUACAGCAGCAACAACAGCAGCAACACCAACAACAACAGCAACACCAACAACAACAGCAACAGCGACAGCAACAACAACAGCAUCAUCAACAACCACAGCAACAGCAAAAACAACAGCACAGACAACCCCAAAGACAACAAAAGUUUCCACAACAGAUGGAGCAGCAGGAUGUCCCCCAGCAGAAACCGCCAGUUCACCCAGAGGCGCCGGUCCAGAAGCACAUGGGGGCUCGGGCCAAGGAGCUCCCAGAGGCCACGCCCCAGCCGCCUAGGCAGCCAGAAGAGCAGAAGAAGCCUCUCAGCCAGAAGGAGCUCCAAAGCAGAAAGGCUCAGGGUAGGAAGAACCGCCCGUGGCUCCAGAAGAAGCCUUUAGAUGAACAGGAUGCAGCAGUAGUGUCAGACCAGGCCCGGACGGCCCAGGAAAUCCCGUCCACCGAUCUUCCAAUUAAAUCCCCCUCUUCCCCUCCGACUGAGGCACCUCCUUCUGCCCAGGCUCCGGCUCAGGUCCAUGUGCCCGCUCCAGCCCUGGUUUUCCCUUCGACCCAGGCGUCUUCUUCACCACAACCGGCUACCUCGGCCCAGGUUCAAACGCAUCCGGAGAAAGACUCCGGGUCCCUGGCUCCGGUUCCGGUGGAUUCACAGCUCAAAAGAGCACAAACGGCCCAGCUGGAGCCACAAGCCAAAACCAUGAAGCAAACAAAACCAGAACAGACAAAACAGCAGCAAAGGCAGCCACAACAGAAGCAGCCUGCACAACAACCCCAACCACAAAAACAACCACAGCAGGCUAAGAAAGAUGCUCAACCACAGCCAGCUGCCACAGCUAAAGUACAGACUACGGUGCAAGGCCCAAGACCACAGUCCGAGACCCAGCAUCCAAGGGGUGAACAGGCCCAACCACAAGCUGAUAUUCAUUCUCAAUCUCAGCCAAGUGCCCCCGCCCAAGUGAAAACAUCAAGCCCAGCCCCGCCCCAGGUGCAACCUCAACAACUUCAACUGCAAGGUCAAACACAGCCACCUCGGAGCCCCAUACAGUCUCUCUUGCCUACCCAAAUGGAGAUUCAGGCCCAGAGUCAACUACAGUCUCAUACAUGGUCCCAAGGAAGACCUCAGACUUCACUGCCUCUCCCAGGACAGCCUCAAGCUCCAAGCCAAGCCCAUGCUAUGGUCCAGGGCCAGACGUUGGCUCAAAUCAGGCCAACUUCCCCCAUGCAGGGUCAACUUCCAGGCUAUAUUCAGCCUCCAAUACCAUCUCACAUCCAGAUGCGCAGUCAGCAUCAGUCAUGGGCUCCAGUCAGGCCUCCCUCCCCUCUGCCUCCCAAGGCGCCCAUGCAGGCCGAGACACCAGCCCAUGGCCAACACGUUCAGCAGGCUCCAUCUCACCCUCAACCUGUCAUGCAACCUCCUUCUCAUAUCCCUCCCACUGCUCAGACACUAUCCCACGUCCAAACGGUGACUCAACAGAAAACUGAUGCACCUAGAAUGCAUCCUCAGGCGCCUCAACAGCAGGUUCACAUUGGCCCGAGCCCACAGGCUUGGGCUCCAAUCAGAGUACCAUCUCCAAUGCAGACACAUUCUCCAGUGCCGCAUCCUCCAUUUUCUCAAUCUCCAGUGCUGCCUCAGAUUUACCCGGCUGGAUAUCCCCAAAGUCAAUCUCCACAACAGCAGUGGGUCCCAAGACAGGAGCAACAGAUUCAGGGUUAUUCACAGCAGGGGCAGCCUCUUCCCCAAGCCUUCCAGGAGAACACGGUUCAGCCCAUUCUACCUCCUCAGGUGUAUCCUACAGCCCCGCCACAGCAAUGGGCCCCGUUCCAGCCUCAACAAGGGCCCCAUCAGGGACACCCUGGCUACCCUCCCUAUCCAGCACAGCAUCCUCAACAACAGUCUCAGCCACAACCACAAACACAGCCAUGGGCCCACUCCCAGGGACAGACGAUUCCCCAGAGGCCGAUGCAACAGCCACUGACGAGAGCGUACAAUCUGAGUCAAACGCAGACACAAGUUCAGCACAUUCAGCAAGAACCUUGGAUUCAACUUCAGCCACCAGCCCAACCCCACUCACAGUUCCAGCCUCAAUCCCCCCUUCAACCUUGGUAUCCACCAGGACAACCUGAACGCCAAGCGCAGUCUCACCCUCAGACUGAGCCCCCGAGCCAUCAGUCUCACCGGGAGCCACAUCAGGCUUCCCACAUCCACCGGCCUCAGCCUCUGCAGCAGGCCCCCGUUCAGCCUCAGAAACAGUUACAGACCCCCCCACAGCCACCUCAGCUGCAACACCCGCUGCCCCAACUGCAGGCCCAGGUGAUCCCCCAACCCACAACCCAGACUCGGACGACCAUUCAAACCAAAGUUAUGACACAGUCAACUGUACAGGCCACACCUGUACCCCAGCCAACUGGUCAACCCAAAGCCCAGACACAGUCCACACCACAACCUAGUCCUAGCCAGGCCCAGACAAUUCCUCAAACUCUGAGCCAGAAACAGCAAACACCCAAUGUCCAGAAACAGAGAGAGCCCCAAACCACAGCCCUGCCAACUGUACAGUCUACAUAUGUGGCCCAGCACACUGGACAACCCUGGCCACAGGUCCAAGUCCAGGUACCGACAGUGCCACAGACAAAAUCCCAGACCCUGCCAACUGGAGAUGCUGAAGGUCCGAUGCAGAUGGGUCCAAAAACCACAGCCCUGCCAACUGCACAGUCUACAUCUGUUACUCAACAGAUUGGACAACCCAAAGUCCAGAUCCAGACGGUGCCGCAAACCUCAUCCCAGACCCUGCCAGCUGUCCAGCAUGUAACAGAGGCCCAGCCAACUGUGCAGCCUACCACACCAUCCCAGCUCCUUGGCCAACCAAAAGCCCCCACACAGGUUGCAGUACAGACCAUACCCCUGCCGACUGCACAUACUAUGGUUCAGUCACAGCCAGCUGUAGUCCCCACCGCACUGGCCCAGCCCAGCAGUCCCCCCAGGACCCAGGCCCACCACACUGUAGCGUCCACAGCCAUGGCGGAGCCACCACCGCGACCUAAAGUCCUCCAUCCCACGCCCCAGAUCCUCGCCCUGCCCCAGACUCUGGGGGACUCUCCAGAACUCCGCAUCAAACCUCAGGCACUGGUCCAGGCGACGCCCCAGGCUUACACCGAGGCCUACGCCAAGGCCCAGGCCCUCGCCAGGAACGGCUUUGAGGACGCCAAGCACUGCCUGCAGCAGCACAUCCUGGAGGCCAUCAACGUCUUCACGGACAAACGUCUGUCCAGGGAACCAGCAUCGUCCAAAGAGGAGUCUCUGAGGACCCUGGACCCCGACCUGCUGGAGGGGUUCCUCAGGGCUGCCGAGAGCAUGGAGGCCUUCUGCACCCCCUCCCAGCUCCAGGACAUGGAGCUGUUCACCCAGUCGGUCCAGAUGCAGUGGGAGGAGUGCUUCUCGGCGCAGGGCAGCGCGGCCCAGGCGGGGGGGCACCUGGAGGCCCUCAGGGAGCUCUGUGGGACCCUGAGCCCGGAGGACUCCCACCGCCUCGCCCAGGCCCAGCUGAGGGAGUGUGAGACGAGGCUGGCUGCCAUCCAGAGGCAGUUCAGCGGGGAGGCGGACCCCCCGGCGCCGACGCAGACCCCCGAGACCGGAAUUCCCACCAAACCCAGUCAGGACGCAGUCCCACAGCGGGAGACCAGUAGCGCCCGAUCAGCGGGCCCAGCUGAGGCGUCCAACGUGAUGGUGAAGAUGAGUAGUGAGGAGAGGAGUGAGAUGGAGAGGCAGCCCUCGGUAGAGGAAGACCUGGUGCAGAGGGAGCUUUCAGAAAGAUACGAGAACUCAAAGAAGUCUUUGCUCGCUCAGAUGGCCAAAAACGAACAGAUCCUCCAGGAGCUGUCCGGGGAUUCUGUCUCCCUGAAAGGCCUGCACACUCGUCUCCAGGAAAUACAGUUACUGAGGCAAGAGACGGAGGCGCUGUGGUCGGAGUUCUCCACCCAGUGCCCCCAGCAGGGCACCGCCAGGCCCGGGGCGGAGCAGGAGAGGGCGGAGCAGGAGAGGGCGGAGCUCCGCGAGCGCUGGCGCGCCCAGCUGGUGGAGCUCCAGCGGCGGGGGGGCGCGCUGGGCGGCGCGCUGCGGCAGAUCGACUCCACCCAGAACCACAUGGUGGACUUCAUCGACCGGCUGGACCGCUACCUCCGUCAGCCCAAGGACGUCUCCGCCUUCACCCUGGCCAGCAGCACCGUCGGCGACAUCAAGGAGCUGGACGACAGCAUCCAGAGCGAGCUGGACCAGCUGUCGCGCCUGGACCCGGUGGACUCCAGCAGCCUGGCCUCGCUGUCCCAGGAGGUGGCCUCGCACCGGGCCAGCCUGGACCAGCUCCGGCAGCAGGUGCGCAAGAGCGAGGCGGCGGCGCGUGCGCUGGACCGCUUCCUCAUGUCCCUGCGCAGCGUGGAGCAGGACGUGGCCGGGGUGCAGUCGGCGCCCUGCAGCGACCCCGCCCUGCUGCAGGAGGCCCGGGCCAGGCUGGGGCUCAGCCGGCAGAGCGUGGGCAGCCUGCGGGACAAGGCCCCCCAGCUGGACGUGCUGCUGCAGGGGGCCCGGCUGGUGGUGACCCGGGACGGGGCGCCGGCCUCCUGCCUGGACAUGGUGCUGGUGCUGCAGGGCCGGCUGGAGGAGGCGGACCGCCAGGUGAGCGGCCAGCAGCGGAGCCUCCACCGAGAGGCGGAGUCCCGGUCGCUGGGCCUGAGGGGGCGGAGCCUGCUGGGCGAGAUGAGGCGGCUGACGGAGGCGGCGGAGAAGCAGGGGCUGAAGGAGCCCAACGUGCCCGCAGUGCAGCACAGGCUGAGGGCUCUGUCGGACCUGGAGGUCCAGCUGAAGACCCAGCGCUCAGAGCUCCAGACCCUGACCGACCUCCACGGAGAAGGGGGAGGAGCAGAGGAGCAGCUGCAGCCUCUGAAGGCCCAGUGGGAGGAGACGCAGGCCGCCGUGACGGACAGGCUGGAGGAGUGCAACACCCUGAUGGAACUGCUGAAGAAGUUCCAGGGUUGCCGCGGUUACGUGAGCAGCACCAUGCAAAAGGCGGAGCAGGUGAUGGGAGAGCAGGCGUCCUACAUGGGCAAGGAAAACCUGCAGAGGCUCAUCGCCAAGGUCCACGACAUCAAGGAGGACCUGCGGGGCGUGGGCGUGCGUAUGGAGGAGGUCCGGGUUGUCUCCAGGCAGCUGACGGCCCACCUCAAGAAGAUGCCCGACUGCAGCGAGGCCCCGUUCGAGGCCGAGUCCGACGCGCUGAUGGACGGCUGGCUGGACGUGACGGAGAAGAGCGAGUCGUACAUGGACAACCUGCAGGUGGCGCUAGAGCAGUGGGAGAGGCAGCUGGGGCUGGGGGCGGAGGUGGAGGCCUGGGCGGCGGCCAAGCUGGCCGUGUUCGCUGAGAGCCACCCCUUCCACAGCGAGCAGCAGGUCCUGGAAAUGAGGGAUGAGAUCCAGAGCCACGAAGAGAACAUUGAGCGUUUCCAUAAGAAGUCGGUGGAGAUCCAGGAGAUGCUGCAGAGCCAGGAUCCCCCGCUGGAGCUACAGGUGGUGGAGACCCAGCUGAGGAAGAGGAUGGAGCAGGUGCAGGAGCUGUUCAGUGACAGCACCGACGUCUUUGAGGAGCUGAUGGCCGUGAAGAAACACCUGGCUGAGAAGAUCCAGGAGUGCGCUGCCGCCGUGGAGAACAUCCAGACCUCCGUCAACAACGUCUCCACCUCGGAGCCCCGGGCCAACACCCUACUACAGGAUCUGAGUGAGGACCUGGACUUCCAGGAGGAGAAGGCCCAGGGGGUGGUGAGGGAGCUGGACCUGAUCUCCAGCGUGGCCAGCCCCGAGGCCCUGGAGCCCCUGACCCAGGACGCCUACCGCCUCAAACACGCCUUCUCCCUCGGCAGAGAGCUCAUCCAGAGGAGGAGAGACGACCAGGGGAAGGACCUGGCUACCGCCAUCAGAGACGACAACCAGAGGUUUGAUGAGUUCUUCCAGGACCUCCAGCUGUCAAUCAACGAGUGCUUCGAGAAUCCGGAGAGUCGUGAGGAUGUGGAGACAUCCCUCAACAGACUGACGGGUUUCCUGGAGGCCAGGGAGAGCGAGCGACGGCUGGCCCAGCUGAGAGAGCGUCUGGAUGGGGGCAGGGAGCAGAUCCCCCCCCCUGUCCUGGAGGAGCUCACCUCCUGGCUGGAGGAGCAGCAGAAGGAGGUGUCCACCUUCGCAACCCACUGCAGCAACCGCCAGCAGCAGAUGCAGAGCACCCUCAACACGUUCAAGAGUCUUCAGGAGCAGUAUGAUGCGUUCCAACAGUGGCUGAAGAACAAGGAGGAAGACUCUGUGGAAUCAGACCAAGUCAGCCGUCUGCUCAAAGACCUCCAAGACCAGAGGGGGAGAGCCGAGUCCCUGGAGGAGCUCCUGUCGGCGGUGCGCCGGCAGGGCGUGAGGGCCGACGGUCUGCUGAAGGACGGAGACAACCUGCUCCAGCGCUGCCGCAACCUGGAGACCCGGCUCGGGGACCAGCAGAGCCAGGCCCGCAGGGACCUGGAGGGGCAGCGGGAGGACUUCCACACCCAGGCUGAGAGCACCCAGACCUGGAUCAGAGACCUGGCUGAAGGCCUGGCCUCGCCCCACAUCCAGGGACAACACCAGGAGGUCAAACUGGCAGCACAGGCGGUGCUCGUCUCCAGGCCCGACGGAGACGCUCAGGUGGACGACCUGAGACGGCGAGGGCAGAGCGUGUGUAAGUGUGAGGACCUGGAGGAGGGCAGGAGGAGGGAGGUGCAGCAGACGGUCGAGGCGACGGCCGAGCAGUGGAGGAGCGUUCUCCAGAGGGCGGAGGAGUCCCUCCACAGAGCCGAGACCCAGGCGGCCGUAGAGGAGAACCUCAACGACUUCAAGAGCCAGAAGGAGAGCGUCCUGUCCUGGGUCCGACAGCAGGCCCAGACCCUGAGGUCUGUCGGAGGUCACAUGACCUUUGAGGAAAGGCUGCAAAUCCCUCGGAACAUCCUGGCCUCCAAGCCCGCCGGAGACGCCAAACUCCAGGAGCUCCGGAAGCAAGCCGGGACCCUGUGCGGGAACGCGGAGCCGGAGGAGAGCGUCAGGCGGCAGGAGGUCCAGCAGAGCCUCCGGGAGGUGGAGACCCAGUGGGCGGGGGUCCUGCGGGGGGCCGGGGAGGCGGAGAGGAGCGCCCUCUCCGAGGACUUCCACCUGCAGAAGAACCGGACGCUGGCGUGGGUGGCGGAGAGGCAGCGGGCGCUGGACGCGCUGGGAAGGCACGCGCCCGCCGAGCAGAGGCGCCUCGCCGCGAAGGACGUGCUGGGCUCCAGACCCGAAGGGGACCGGCAGGUGAACAACCUGAGGAGGGGCGGUCAGGGUCUGUGUGGACGGCUGGAGCAGGAGGACCGCACGAGGAGGGAGGAGGUGCAGCAGGCCGUGCAGGAGGCGGAGGAGCGCUGGAGGCUGGUCCUGACCGGCGCCACACAGAGCCUGGAGGAGGCUGAGGCCCAGGUUGCCCUGGAAACGGAGAAGAGGGACGGGGAGCUCAGAGAAUUCAACACUCAAAACCAAGAGGCCACCAUGUGGAUUGGAGCACUGCAACGGAAGCUCACAACUUUAGCAGAACAAACCGAUGCUGAGGACAGACUUCACAGUGCACAGACCAUCCUGAGCGUCAAACAAGAGGGAGAAGCCAAGAUGGCAGCACUUCAGAGCCGUGUCAAUGACCUGUGUGAGAAUGAGGACCUAGAGGAGAGCAGGAGAGAGGAGGUUCAGCAAAGCCUGCGGGACAAGAAAGAACAGUGGCGGUUGCUCCUGGAGUCAGCCAAACGGGCCGUGGAAGAGGGGGAGAAGCAGUGUGCUCUGGAAGGGCUCCUUAGAGACGUCCGUGCCCAGAGAAAGAGCACUAUGGCCUGGCUGGAAGACAAGCAGCAGGCCCUUCUCACCCUGGACCGGACGGAUCUAGAGAAGUCUAUGAACACUGCGCAGGCCGUUCUGGGCUCCAAGCCCGAGGGAGACGGCAAGGUGGACGAUCUGAGAAGACGAGGGCAGAGCGUGUGUGAUCGUGAGGACCUGAAGGAGAGCAGCAGGAAGGAGGUGCAGCAGGCCGUGAGGGAGGCGGCGGAGCAGUGGAGCAGCGUUCUGGAGAAGGCGGAGGAGGUCCUCCACAGGGCUGAGCUCCAGUCCUCCCUCUCCAGGGAGCUGCAGGCGUUCAGCGGCCAGGCAGAGAGUGCUGGGGCCUGGCUGAAGGAGCUCCGGCAGCAGGCCGCCCCGCUGGAGACCCAGGGGACCCAGGGCAACCAGGAGCAGAUAGAGAGCAGGCUCAAAGCAGCGCAGACGAUCCUUGGCUCCAGGUCGAGGGCCAAGGGCUUCCUGUCAGACCUGAGCAGAGGAGCUCAGAGUCUGAGUCAGCGUGAGGACCUGGAGGAGAGCAGGAGGACGGAGGUGCAGCAGACGGUCAGGCAGACAGAGGAGCAGUGGAGGUCCCUCCUGAAGACUGCUGAGGGGGCGCAGAGAGAGCUGAAGGCGGUGACGGACCUCGUGGUGUCCUGUGAGUUCCAGCGCUGCCAGGCUCAGGGGCGCCUGGCCGAGCUCCAGAGGCAGAGCUCCGCCCUGCCGCGGCUCUUCCCCUGGCCGGGCUUGGGGGACCGGCGGCAGGCGGCCGAGGACGUCAGGGCCCUCCUGGAACGCACCAGGGACCAGGGGCCCGUCCUCAGAGCCCUGCGGAGACAGGCGGAGGAGGUGUUUGAGACGACCCAGGACCCCACCUGGAGAGACCCUACCUGGGCCGGGAUGGAGGAGUGCCUCCCUGGCCUGCUGUCAGAGCUGACUGAGGCGGGAGCUGACCUGGAGCUGGGCAUCCUGACGGAGCGCCAGUUCACCCAGCUGGUGGAGCAGCACGGGGCGGCCCAGGACUGGCUCCGCGAGCAGGUCAAGGUCCUGGGACCCCCGCCCGCCGACCGACAGGGUCUGCACAGCACCGCCAACACGCUGAAGGCUCUCCUGCAGACGGUGGGCCGCGAGGAGCGGGAGAUGAAGGAGCUGGACCCCCUCCGCGACCGCCUCACGGCCCUGUGCACGCCGGGGGGCCGCGACUCCCUCAGCCUGGAGGUGCGCCACCUCCACGAGCUCCGCACCACCUCGGAGCAGGAGGUGCGGGAGCGGCUGGCGGUGUGCGAGGCCCGCCUGGGGGAGCUGGGGCAGGAGGCGGGCCGCCGGGGCCGGGCCCUGAAGGAGCGGGGCUCGGCGCUGCAGUGGGAGCUGCGGUCCCUGGACCAGGCGCUCUGCUACAGCGAGCCCCAGAACCACAUCGCCCAGCUGCAGCAGCACUGGACCAGCCUCCAGAAAUGUCAGGGGUCGCUUGAAGGCCUGGGGAUCAAAGUUCAUGAGCUGUACCAGGAAGUGAAAAGCGUCGCCGGGACAACAGAGGAGAUGCCGUCCGAGGCGAUCACCAUGGUUGAGUCGCUGAAACAGCAGAACGACGAUCUGAGGUCCAGGCUGAAAGAACGGCAGGAUUCCUGCACAAAGCACACCAGCUGCUGCUCCUCUGAUUGCCUAAGGGCACUGCAGCAAUGGAAUCUCACCAAGCCUUCAACAGACUCUCCCACCUCUGUAAAGGCAUCUCUAGAGGAGGGGGAGAAACUGCAGCAUAGCCUGCGGGAGGCGCUAUCGCACAGGCAGUUCCUGGUUGCCUCUUUGAAGGUGGGCGAGGCAGAGCGACUGGAGAGAGAGAGCUCAGAGGCUCUCCAAGCAGCAGUCACUAAGUCUUCGACCUUGACCCAGAGCUUAAAGGGGCUUGAAGACAAGAAGAAACACAAGCUGCAAGCCCCUCAGGCCCCUGAGGUCCGUCCAGCUAGAGUGGAGGACGUAGAAAUACCAGUAACGGCACCAUCAGUAGUAGCACCACCACGGACAAUCAGACCCUCUGCAGAGAGGAAGAGCAUCACCGUUUCCCAGAAACAUACGGAACUCCAGGAACCAAUCAUCGAUAAAGAUAAGAGGGAAACCACACACAGCGAAAUUGAAACUUCAGUAUCUGUAGUGCGAGUCACCACAGAGACGACGUACGUCACUGAAGACAGGACACUGACCGCAUCAGAGGCUACAAGUGUGAGUGUACUUUCUGCUGAACCGGCGACUAAGGCUGGGUCCGAAGGAACAAGGAGUACAAAGUCAACUACAACGUCAUCUUCAGUGGAGCCCGUAAUAGUUAGAGCUGAGCCCCAUUUCCCUGUAAUAGUAUGGGAACCGGUUGACACUGCUGUAGGGGGAACAGACAAGUCUGAGCAGGCCAGAAGACAGGAUCUAGACGUUGUUGCUCAGCCUGCUUUACCAGGGUCUAUGCAAACGAAGGAGGAAUUUUUGAUAACGACAUCUGGGUUGUCUAUUUGCCAGACCAAAAUCGCUGUUAAAGAACCACAGCAGUUUCUGGUAACCAGGAGUAAUCAGAGUUUGGCUGUUUCAAAAGAUCCUUCUCAAGCACUGAAUCGGGAACCUAAGGAGAGUCGAGAAGAUUCCACUGAGGGAUUCAAGAUCAAAUCGCAAACCAUCACUGAUGCACAAACUAAGCUGGUAACGAGUGGGAGCAAGUUAGAGACCUCCAUUUCAUCAGGAACCCUUGAUGCAGAACCAAAGGGAACUGAACAUGUACAGUCCACGCAAAAGCUAAAAGCUGAGCAAGCUAAGCCUUCUCCUCCUACAAGAAAGUCCAAAUCUACCAAGACUUCAGACCCAAUCAAAACCGACACUCACGAGCCAAUCACACUGGAACAGGCUGAGGUAAGGACUACAGAUCACCAGGCCCAAGCAAGUGUUACUGCACCAGUUCCUGUGAAGCCUGAACAAGAUCCGACAAAUGCUGAAAGUGAAAAGUCUUCUAUAAUUCCAUAUUCAACCCCAGCACUGUCAGAUACAGCUGUCAUGGAGAAAGCCAUGGUGGUACCAGCCAGGAAAAAGUCAAAAUCUACUGGAUCCCCUAUUAUGCGUGCAACACCUGCACAGUCCAAGCAAACUUCUGAGAGUAAUCUGUCUUCUGUUUCUGUGGUAGACCGAGCUUUGCCUGUACCUACCAAGAAAGUGCAAAGCCCCAGAGUUGACACAACAGCAAAACAACUAACGAAAACCACCAUUAUAACAACUAAAGAAAAGACAGAAAAAACUAAACAUGACCUUUCUAGGGUUGAAACAUCAAAGAACCAAGAUUCAAGCCAAGUUGGGACAGCUAAGGUGGAUGUGUGUGUCUCACAUCUUGUGCCAAGCAGGAGAAGGUCUAGAGAGAUUCCAGAGGACUCUACAGCUUCAGAGCCAGCCUCAGAACUUGCUGUACCUGCUGAUGUUCCAACCAAACUUGCUGAAUCUGAGACCACUGCUGAUGAUCAGACUAAGCUUGUACCAACGAGGAGAAAGUCAAAGACAUCAGUGACAUCUAUGAAACUUGAUGGAGAACCAGAGCAGAAGAUUGCAAGUUCAAAACCUGGCACGCAAACAAGAACCCUUGAGCAAGCUAAGCCUUCACCCACUACAAGAAGGUCAAAAUCCACCAAGGCUUCAGAGCCAAUCAAAACGAACACCAUGAAUAAAGAAGCCAUCACUGUUCGUACUGAACGAGACCCUGCAAGUGCGUCAUUGGUUAAUCCAGAGUCAUUCAUCAGGCCAUCCAUAGCUGCUGAUGUGGAAAAAACAACAUCGGAGCGAACCGGUAGCUUGGGCAAUAAAACUGUUCCUACAACUUUAGAGACAACAUUACCCGUCACUGGACCUGCUGAAGCGAAGAUCAAACCAAUUCAGACUAAAAAGGAAAGUGCAAGGUCUCCUCUCACAGAAGAGUCAAUCACAGGACUGGCCGAGACUGUUGUUGUUUUGGAGGAACCCAUUGUGGUACCUGCCAGGAGAAAGUUAAAACCUGAUGGAUCUCCUAUGACACUGGCUGAUGUAAAACCUGCACAGUCAACAGAAGACUCUGAGUCUCCUCAGCCUUCUCCCAUUGGAAAAGAACAGGCUGCUCUGUCUAAUUCACAAAGUACAACCGUCAACGAAAUUGUAGAGCCACACUCAUUAAAGAAGGUGGCUUUAGUUGUUCUGGAUAUUCCUGCUUUCCAGACAGCGGACACAUGCCCGCAGACAUCAAUCUCUGAGAGAGCAGGCAGUGCUGGAUCGAUAGGGGUUGACAUCACACUGGGACAGGCAUCUAAAAAGUCAGAGCCAACUGUACUUCCUCAACUUUCUCAAAGUCAUAUAAAUGUGCCCCCGUCCCUACUACCUGAGAAACAACAUCCAGAUGUUCCUGAACCUCAGUCCCCAGACCAGACUUCAGCUCUACGGGCCGAAGCAAGUGUUACUGCACCUAUUCCUGUGAAGCCUGAACAAGUUCAGGCCAAUCCUGAAAGUGAAAAAUCUCCUAUAAUUCCAUAUUCAACACCAGCACUGUCAGAAAAAGCUGUCAUGGAGAAAGUCAUGGUGGUACCAGCCAGGAAAAAGUCUAAAUCUUCUGGAUCUCCUAUUAUGCAUUCAACACCUGCACAGUCCAAACAAGAUCCUGCUGUUUCUGUGGUAGACCGAGCUUUGCCUGUACCUACCAAAAAAGUGCAAAGCUCCAAAGUUGAUACAACAGCAAAACAACCAACGAAAACCACCAUGACAACAACUAAAGCAAAGACAGAAAAAAACAAACAGGACCUUUCUAGUGUUGAAACAUCAAAGAACCAAGAUUCAACCCAAGGAGGGACAGCUAAGGUGGACUUUUGUGACUCGCAUCUUGUGCCAAGGAACCGAAGGUCUAGAAAGACUCCAGAGGGCUCUACAGCUUCAGAGCCAGCCUCAGUUGUUGCUAUACCUGCUGAUGUUCCAACAAAGCUGGCUGAAUCUGAGACCACUACUGAUGAUCAGACUAAGCUUGUACCAACGAGGAGAAAGUCAAAGACAUCAGUGACAUCUAUGAAACUUGAUGGAGAACCACAGCAGAAGAUUGCAAGUUCUAAACCUGGCACGCAAACAAGAACCCUUGAGCAAGCUAAGCCUUCACCCACUACAAGAAGGUCAAAAUCCACCAAGGCUUCAGAGCCAAUCAAAACUGACACUAUGAAUAAAGAAGUCAUCACUGUUCGUACUGAACAAGACCCUGCAAAUGUGUCAUUGAUUAAUCCAGAGUCAUUCAUCAGGCCAUCCAUGGCUCCGGAUGUGGAAAAAACAACAUUGGAGCGAACCGGUACCUUGGGCAAUCAAACUGUUUCUCCAACUUUAGAGACAACAUCUCCUGUCACUGGACCUGCUGAAGCGAAGAUCAAACCAAUUCAGACUAAAAAGGAAAGUGCAAGGUCUCCUCUCACAGAAGAGUCAAUCACAGGACUGGCAGAGACUGGUGUUGUUUUGGAGGAACCCGUCGUUGUACCUCCCAGGAGAAAGUUAAAGUGUGAGGGAUCUCCUAUGACACAAGCUGGUGUUAAACCUCCACAGUCAACAGAAGACUCUGAGUCUCCUCAGCCUUCUCCCAUUGGAGAAGAACAGGCUGCUCUGUCUAAUUCACAAAGUUCAACUGUCCAUGAAAUGUCAGAGCCACACUCAGAAAAGAAGGUUGCUUUAGUUGUUCUGGAUAUUCCUGCUUUCCAGACAGCGGACACCUGCCAAAAGACAUCCAUCUCUGAGAGAGCAGACAGUGCUGGAUCGAUAGGGGUUGACAUCACACUGGGACACGCAUCUAAAAAGUCAGAGCCAACUGUACUUCCUCAACCUUCUCAAAGUCAUAUAAAUGUGCCCCCGACCCUACUACCUCAGAAACAACAUACAGAUGUUCCUGAACCUCAGUCCCCAGACCAGACUUCAGCUCUACGGGCCGAGGCAAGUGUUACUGCACCUGUUCCUGUGAAGCCUGAACAAGUUCAGGCAAAUCCUGAAAGUGAAAAAUCUCCUACAAUUCCAUAUUCAACCCCAGCACUGUUAGAACCGGCUGUCGUGGAGAAGGCCAUGGUGGUUCCAGCCAGGAAAAAGUCAAAAUCUGCUGAAUCUCCUAUGAUGCGUUCAAAACCGGCACAGUCCAAGCAAGACUCUGAGACUCCUCUGUCCUCUGUUUCUGUGGUAGACCGAGCUUUGCCUGUACCUACUAAAAAAGUGCAAAGCCCCAGAGUUGACACAAAAACAGCAAAAGAACCAACGAAAACCACCAUUACAACAACUAAACUAAAGACAGAAAAAACAAAACAGGACCUUUCUAGUGUUGAAACAUCAAAGGACAAAGAUUCAACCCCAGUUGGGACAGCUAAGGUGGAAUUUUGUGACUCGCAUCUUGUGCCAAGGAACAGAAAGUCUCGAAAGAAUCCAGAGGACUCUACAGCUUCAGAGCCAGCCUCGAAUGUUGCUGCACCUGCUGAUGUUCCAACAAAACUGGCUGAAUCUGAGACCACUGCAGAUGAGCAGACUAAAUUUAUACCAACAAGGAGAAAGUCAAAGACAUCAGUGACAUCUAUGAAACUUGGUGGAGAACCAGAGCAGAAGAUUGCACAUGCAAAGCCUGCCAUGGAAACAAGAACCCUUGAGCAAGCUAAGCCUUCACCUGCAACAAGAAGGUCAAAAUUGACCAAGACUUCAGAGCCAAUCAAAACCGAAACUAUGGAUAAGGAAGUUAUCACUGUUCGUACCGAACAAGAUCUUCCAAGGCUCACAUCAUUCAAUCCAGAGUUGGUCAUCAGGCCAUCCAAAGCUACUGUUGGGGAAAAAACAUUAUUGAAACGAACUGAUAACAAGGACAAUCAAAAGGUUUCUACAACUUCAGAGCCAACAUCACUUGUAACUGGACCUGCUGAAGUAAAUAUCGAAUCAUUUCCAACAAAAGACGAAAGUGUCAGGUCUUCUUUCACUGCAGAGUCAAUCACAGGACUGGCAGAAACUGGUGCUGUUGUGGAGGAAAGCAUUGUGGUACCACCCAGGAGAAAGUUAAAGCCUGAUGGACCUCCUAUGACACAAGCUGAUGUUAAACCAGCUCAGUCAACAGGAGAUUCCGAGUCUCCUCAGCCUUCUCCCCAUAGUGAAGAACAGGCUGCUCUGUGUAGUUCACAAAGUUCAACAGUCCAUGAAAUUAUAGCGCCACACUCAGUUAAGAAGGUGGCUGUAGUUGUUCUGGAUAUUCCUGUUUUCCAGACAGUGGAAACAUGCCCACAGACAUCAAGUUCUGAGAAAGCAGACAGUGCUGGAUCGAUAGGGGUUGACAGCCCACUGGGACAGGCAUCUAAGGAAUCAGAGCCAUCUGUACUUCCUCAACGUCCUCAAAGUGAAAUAGUUGUGCCCCAGUCCUUAAUUCCUGAAAGACAACCGCAAGUUGUUCCAAAACCUGAGCCCAAAGACCAGACCAAAUCCCAUCAGGAACUUGCAAGUGUAACUGCACCUGUGGCUGUGAAGACACAACAAUUUCAGGCAAAACCUGGAAUUCCAAUAAGGAAAAAGUCAUCAGCUACAUCUGCUGAUGGUCAGACCAAAUCUGUCACUAGUACUGGGGAGAAGGCCAAGCUUGUAUCACCAACCAGGGGAACAUUGGAGACAUCAAUAAAACCUGCUGAUACCGAACCAGAAUCCAGCAAGGAUAGUGAUCGUCUUCUGUCCUCAACGAGUUCAAAUCCUGAUAUAAAAAGCUUUGUAAUGAUAACCGACAAUAAGACCGCUGAUGUCUUCACUGUGGAACCCAAAGAGGUAUCGGAUCUCAUGAAUCUGGAAAGUUGCGUUAACCGAGAGUCUGUCACAAUGGAAACCGUGACUGCUGUUGUGAAAGAAGCACAGCUUGUACCAACCAGAAGAAAGUCUCAGACUGCGCUUUCAUCUGUGCAACCUACUGAUGUACAACAGCAACAACAGAAAGAAAGUGCGGGUCCUUUGUCCCCACAAAGUCCCAGAUCUGAAAUUAAAAGGCCUUUUGUGGAGGAAUGUCCCAAACUUGCAAAAACCUCAGAACCAGAAACCAUUUGUAUCGUUGAUGUCAAGCCUGAACAAACUCAAAGAGAGCCCAUCGGUUUGGACUCUUCCACAAAACUCCAGAAGUCUGUCCCAAUACUGCCUAAAAAUGCCGGAGUUCUGGAAGCUAAGCCUGGACCGACCAGAAAAGAGAAGCUGACAUCUGAGCCGGAAAAAGAGGAGGAGCCUGAAAUUCCGAAAUCAUCCAAACCUUCCGAUCCAAGUCCAACUACUGUUGUAAAAGAAACAAAAGCUAUUCUAACUGGCAGCAAGGGUCAAGAUGAUUCCACUGGUGCUGUUGCAGAAGCACCUGGAAUUCCAAUAAGGAAAAAGUCAUCAGCUACAUCUGCUGAUGUUCAGACCAAAUCUGUCACUAGUACUGGGGAAAAGACCAAGCUUGUUACACAGACCAGGAGAACGUCAGACACAUCAAUGAAACCUGCUGAUGCGGCACCUGAAUCCAGCAAGGAUAGUGAAACAGCCAAAAACACUGACGUCUUCACUGUUGAACCCAAGGAGGUAUCGGAUCUCAUGAAUCUGGAAAGUUGUGUUAGCCGAGAGUCUGUCACAAUGGAGACAAUGACUGCUGUUGUGGAAGUAGCACAGUGCGUGCCAACCAGAAGAAUGUCUCAGCCUGCGCUUUCAUCUGUGCAACUUACUGGUUUACAAGAGCAACAACAGAAAGAUAGUGAGGGUCCUUUGUCCCCACAAAGUCCCAGAUCUGACAUUAAAAGACCUUUUGUGGAGGAAUGUCCCAAACUUGCCAAAACUUCAGAACCAGGAACCAUUUGCUUCGGUGAUGUCAAGCCUGAACAAACUCAAAAAGAGCCAAGCAGUUUGGAAUCUUCCAUACAACUCCAUAAAUCCCUCCCAAGAGAGCCUGAAACUGCUGGAGUUCUGGAAGCUAAACCUUUAAAAGAGACACAAUCUUUGCUUACUGAGAGCAAGGGUCCAGGUGAUUCCAAAGCUGCUGCUGAUCAUGUUAAACGCUCAGAAGCUAAGGUAGAAUCUAAAGAUGAAAUUAAUCUUGUCCCAGCUAGUAUCAAGUCAAAUCUGGAACUUUCCUCUAUUUUGCUGCCAAUUGAUGCUCAACAAGUACCAACAGAAACUAAAAUUGUCAUAAUGGGACACACCUUACAUGGAUCAACCAAAACCAAGAGCCCAGAACAAGUCACAACUUCUGAAACACUUUCUUCUUCUGGGAAAACCUUUGGACACCUUAAGCCUGGGGAAAUGAUGGACCUUGAAAGACCAGCAGAAAUCUCUAUGAAUCUUGAAGAGACAAACAAGGGCAAGGGGUCAACAGAGCAGUCAGUCUCUUAUUCUGAGGCUCAUGAUCGUCCUGGCACUCCAAAUGUCCAACAAAGUGUAGGUAGCACAAAGGACGGUGAAACUAUUGUAGAGGUGGAGAUCAGUCCAAUGUCUGAGCAGAGUCGUGUACAGAGUAGCAUAGAAAUACAAGUUGUUGAUCCAAUGGCUUCACCUUUUGACCAACAAGACCCGGGGAGUGUGGUGUCAUUGAUCAUUACAGAUUCAGUCACGGGUCCAUCCAUUACUGCUGUUGUGGAUAAAACAGAGAGUCUAGAAGUUUCUAAGACGUCUGAGUCAUCAAAAUAUGUUACUGGACCUCCUGAUGUGAAGACCUCCAAACCUGACCAGAUGAAGACCCAUCAGUCCCAGAGCACAGAAAAUAAGCCGGGAUCACGAGCAGUACCACUGGGGUCCACACCUGAUGGUGUGAGAGCUUCAGAUGAGGGUUUGAGAUCUGAGGAGAAAGCCCUGGUGGAGGUCCUUCCUACAGGGGAAACCCAGGGUACCCUUUCAGCUGGUCUGGUCUACACCAGUGGCCCGGUUCUGGAGGGACCCGAAGACCAGCCCAUGGAGGAUGUGCUCUCAGAGGUCCACCAGCUUCUCGGGACUGGACCUGAUUGUCUCAUCCUGAAGGGAGAGCUUGAGGAGGACCCGGCACCGGUUCUGGAUACGUCCAUCAGGGACCUGGAGGUUCGUCUCAACAGGCUGGAGACCAGAGUUCUGGCCUGCAGGAACCGACCGACAGACCUCAGCCCAGAUGCUAUGGCCCUGCAAUUGGAAGAGGCCCAGGAGUGCCUCAGAGCGUCCCAGACCCAGGUCUUGCUGCUGACCCGGCCCAGCCCGGAGCUGGAGGGGGGGGCUGCGCCAGGUCAGCAGGAGGAGCUGGAGCACCUUGAGGGUCAGUGGAGCGCUGCGGUCGGGGACUCCUCCACCCUGGUCCGGAGUAAGGAGGCUCGUCUUCGGCUGGUGAGCAUCUACACCGGGCAGACGGAGGUCGCAAGGGCCACCCUGGAGGGACUCGAGACAGAGCUGGAGGCUGGAGGCCGAGUUCCAGACGAGACCAGCUCCAAUGAGGAGGAGCGUCUGCACUCCUUCCUACGACAUAUGGAGGAGAACAGGACGGUUCUUGGAGAACUGGUCCUCACCCACUCUGAGCUCGUGCCCGAACUGAGCCCCUCUAACCAAGGAACCGUGCAGAGACAGCUGAGGGCACUACAAGACCGGUGGAGAAGCCUGGAGAACGCUGCAGAGAGGAGCCUUCAUGCCUUGAAGGCCAUCUCGUGCGACUAUAGCACCUUUCUCUAUGAGAUGUCCAGUAUUGAGGAACAACUGGAGGACGUCAGCAUGUGCCUCGAGGCUCCAGCCACCCCGGAGUGGGACCCCACGAGGGCCCAGGAGCUCAUGGUGGCCAGCGCUGUGCUGGCUGCCACCCAGCAGAGGUACCUCCUCCUCCUGCAGGCGUCAGAUGCGCUAGACCAGAGCUCCCGGCAGGGGGAGAACCAAUCAACGAAGACGGAGCAACGGCUCCAAAAGACCAAACUACAGUUGGAGCAGACAGCGGAGCGCCUGGCCUUCCAGACCCCCAGCAGCACUAACCCCACCUUGGAGAAGAUUGUGAGGGUGAUCCGAGAUGCCUUCAUUUGGGCGAAGCAGACGGAGGUUCACAUCAAGACGAAGAGGGGGAAGAUCGCUCUCCUCCCUGAGGACGUCCACCGGCAGAUCAGAGACCUGAAGAAGUUGCAGUCAGAGGUGAUGGUGAAGCAGGGCCAGUUGGAGGUUCUGCUGGAGGAGGUGACGGAGCUCUUUCCCCAGAUGGACCAGGAAAAGGAGGUGCCCAUGGUACGCUCUUCCCUGGAAGACCUCAAUCUACUCUCGAUGUCCACCACCGAGGAUCUGACAACAGCUGUGAGGGAGAUCGAGUCCGGCCUGCAAAACCGAGAGAAGAUGUCCGAGCAGAUUGCCGACGUGGAUGCCUGGGUGGUGUGGUACUUCCUCCAGAAGGCGUCCAGAAGAGGAGAGGAGGACGUUUCUGUGUCUGGUUUUGACCGCCAAUCUCGUCAGAUCUGGGAGACCCUGGCCGAUGCUGAGAAGCAAAGUGCGGUUUGUGAGGCUCUUCUCAUGAAGAGCAAAGACAUCUUCUCUGAGCUGAGCGUCACAGAGAACCGUUUCCUGCAUGCAAAGCUGACCGACCUCAAGGAGGACAUCACCAACAUCACCAGCUACGCAUUGACCAAGAAACAAGACCUGGAGUCGCGUGUACAGACUCAAGAAGCAUCCGAGCAGAAGGUGGCUGCCUUGGAGAAAAAUCUGAGGCAAAUGCUGGUUGACCUCAACAGACACCGCUUCCCUGUCACCAGAGAGUCCCUGCGCACCAUGGAAGCCUUAAAACACAUGAUAGUCGAGCACAAGAGCCAGGUGGACCAGCUCCAUGCCAGCAUCCCACUGGGUAAGAGGAGGGAACUCUUAUCCGUUAACUGGGAGCUUUACGGCAAGAUGUCCAAGCUGGACCAGAAGGCCAGGGAUCACGAGUGCUACCUCAACCUGAGGCAGAGCAUGGAGGACAUCCAGGACAACAUGGAGCAGGAGAUCUUCCAGACCAAGGAGGAGAGCCGAGGAGUGGGAGAGAGGUACAGGAUGUGCAACUCCCUCCUUGCCCGGUUCCCUCUGGUGAAGGCCAUGAGCGAAGACGCUGGCGGGAAGCUCCAGAGUAUCUCCUCAGACCUGUACCCCUCCCAGCUGACGGUGGAGCGCCAGAGACUGGAGCAGGUCGUGGAGAAAAUGGACGACUGGGAGGUGAAGGUGCGCAACAACCUCAUUAUUGUGCAGUGGAAUGUCCUCAAAGAACUGGACCUCCAGACAGAGUGGAGGUCCACGCGUGGCCUGUUGGACGCCACCCUGAGGCAGCUGCGGUCCUCGGUUGUGUCGGAGCCAAAGGAGGCGGAGAUGGUGAAGGAGCAGCGCAGGAUGUUGUCUAUGAACAAGAUCUUGGAGUACAAAGUGAAAGAGUAUGAGAUCUUGGAGCAGAGGAAAGGCAACGGCCAGGAAAGUAGAUCUCGGGAUCUUGUGACCUUGAAGAAUACGGUGCUGCAAGAAUGCGACUCCCGAAUGAAAAACAUCACAAGUGCGAAGGAGAGCCUGAGGAGCUACACCCAGGGAGUCCAAACUGCCGUCCACUUCCUGCUGGAGGCAGAGGCCUCCCUCCUGCCGGUCCACGACCCAGCGGGGGACUGCUCCUCCGGGCUACAGGAGCUCCAGCAAACCCUGGUAUCCCUAGAGCAGCGGUACCAGGACCACUUGGACCAGAUCCAGGCUCUGGUGCCCAGUCACCCCCACCUCAACUCCCAGAAGGUGGAGCAGCUCCACCGGGAGGUUCUGAGUGGUCUCUUGGUGAGGAUGACCACCUUCAGGGCCCAGGCUCUCAUCCGGACCCAGGAACUCACCAGGUGUGCUGAGCAGAGCAGGAGGCACCUGUGCAGAGUGGAGGAGAUCAGCGAAUGUGUGAACACCCAGGAGGAUACUCUCUCCCGCUGUCUCUCCUCCAAGGUCUCCUCCCUCUCCGACUGCAGCCAGCAGCAGAGUCAGCUCAAGUCUCUCUCAGAGGAGGUGGGCGCAACCCUGGGUCGCCUGGAGGCCCUGGAGGAUACCUGCUCUGAGCAGGGUUGCCGUGGAGACAGGGAGGCGGCGGUGGCUGCCCUCUGGUGGCAGCUGAGCACACUGCAGCAGGAUGCCCUGGACCUCAGCACCCAGGCUGGCCGGAAAGCCGCUGAGUGGAGCGAGAUCUCCAAGAGUCUGGAGCAAACCUCCUCCCUGUUGGAUGAGGUGGAGGCGGAGGCACCAGGAGGUGCUCCGGGGAGCGCCUCCAGCGAGGAGCUCCAGGACCAGGUGCAGCUGUGGGACCAGUACCAGGAGCGUCUGGACUGGGAGCACCGGGCCCUCUCGGCCCUGGAGCUCCGCAUCGCCCGGCUGCUGGGGGUCCCCGCCCACCUGGAGCAGGCCCCGCCCACCCCGUUGUGCCAGCAGGUGCAGGCCAUGCAGGGGCGGUACCACAGUCUGGAGGAGAGGAGCUGUGCGGGCCGGGAGCUUUUCUCCUCGGAGCUGGAGGAGCGAGAGAAGGUUCUGGAGGACCUGCAGGGCGCCCGCCUGUGGCUGGAGGCAGCGGACCUUACCCUGGAUGGGCCGCACCCGGACCUGCAGGAGAUUUCUAGACAGCUGCUUACCCAGAAGGCUUUGCUGAAGAGCAUCAUGGACAGCCUAAAGACAAAGUACUCUGACACACUUCCUCUGGAGCUGGAGACCCAACUACAGGAAGUGAACCAUUCCAUACAGGAAGUGGAAGUGAAGGUGGGUGGGGCGAUGGAGCUCACCGGCCCACUGCACCGGCUCGGCUCCAAGCUGGCGGAGAUCCGGGCCGGCCUGGGCUCAGUCGGGGAGCGGCUGGAGCAGACGAGCCCCAGCGUGGCGGAGGCCGAGCGCACCCAGAAGCGUGUGUGGGAUGAGCUAGACGUCUGGCACUCUUGCCUGGCCGCCCUGGAGGUGGAGCUGCAGUACCUGGAGGUGCCAGAGGAGGCGCUGGUGCUCCAGGAGAGGCUCAGCUCCGUCCAGGAGGUCCACUCGCAGCUGGCCAAGCAGGCUGAGCAGCGCACCGGCUUCCUGUCCAAGAUCCCAGCGUGGCUGCAGCAGCACCAGGAGAUGAUCCAGAGCUCCCGGGUCUGGCUGCUGGAGGCCCAGACCUGGCUGACCUCGCUCUGCUCCUACACCUCCGCCAAGUGCCUGUUCAGCCACGUGCACGCCCUCAAGAUGGUCCUGGAGGACUCGCAGCACAUCCGCUCCAGCCUGCAGGGCCUGGGCGGCGUGCUGGAGGGCAUGGCGGGGGUCUGUGACGUCACGGCGCUGCGGCAGCAGCUGGACCAGGCCGACGCCCACGUGGCCGCCGCCCAGGACAGCUUCACGGCGCCGCUCGCACAGCUGGAGCACACCGCCGCCGAGGUGGAGGCGAUAGAGACGGAGGUGAGGAGCAUGGAGAGGAACGUCUCUGAGAUCAGAGCGCUGCUGUCCUCUCCAGAGACCCUCCCCAGCCCCCGAGAGGACAGCCUCAAGGUGAUCGAGGAGAAGGUCCAGUGCAUGCGGACGACGGUGGUGGAGAUCCAGCGCUGCAGGCCCGACCUGGGGCUGCCCGAGCCGCUGGAGGCCACCCUGGCGGUGUUCGGCGUGGUGGACCAGCUGCAGACGCUGCUCAUGGAGCUGGAGAAGAGGAUUCCUGCUCUCUUCCUCCAGCAGCCCCCCACCCCGACCCCGUCCAAAGCCGCGGACCCCCGACCCGGCCCAGCGGCGCCCCAGAGGGACACUCCGGACCCCCUCCCCAGCUUCGUGGCCCCCCAGCCGGACACCCAGGACCCCCUACCGAGCACUGAGGCCCCCGAGCCGGACACCCAGGACCCGGGUGUGAUCCGCAUCGCCCACCUGGAGCAGGACGUGCUGACGUGGUCGGGGGCGACCCUGCAGAGCGUGCAGCAGGCGUCACCUGACCAGAGGCUGGUCAAGGGACACGCCCCCUCGCAGGUUGCCACGGAUACCGGGACGGCGGAGGGUGGGACGGCCCCAGCACCUGCAGGACAGCAGCUGGCCACCGCUGGCUCGACCGACUCCGCACCUGGAGAGAGAGAGGGUCCGGGGGCCCAGUCCGAGGGGCCCAGCGGGUCGGGCACCCCCCCACGGCCGCUGGGCACGGUGCGGACCCAGAGCCAGCCCCGGAGCAUGGAGCGCUUGGUGGGACACGGGGGGCCCGAGAGACUGGAGACACACACACCUGACACACACACAACACAGACGCCACACACACACGACACACAAACACCACAAUCACCUGAAGGACACACAACACACACACUUGAUGGACAAACAAUACACACACCUGACAGACACACCAGACGGACACCACACACAUCUGACGGACACACAGCACACACACCUGUCGGACACACACCACACACACCUGACAGACGCACAACACACACACCUGGCACAGGAACAAUUGAUCCACACAUACCUGACACACACUCUCAAGACAGGGGCACACGCACGGAGGAGGCGGCAACGGAACCCGCUCCGGUCCGACGUCCAGACCGGGUCGCCUCCCAAGACCCCCCCCAGAAGGACAAGGGCGGCCUGCAUGCUGCCCUGGGCCCUGUGGCAGGGUCCGGGCCAGGCCCCAGCAGCCCGGCGUGGAUCCAUGCGGUGGGAGAGAGGACCAGACAGCUGGAGGACUGGCUCCACGGAGCCCAGCGCAGCCUUGGACCCCUGCACAGCGUCGCCGCGGAAACCCACACAGGCACCUCAAUCGCCAUGGAGACUAACGUGAAGCAGCAGCUGCUCACCUGUCAGGAGAUGUUGCAGGAGAUAGAACAGAAGGUGACCAGCAUGUCGGAUUCUAGCUCGGGACCCCAGAACCUGAACCUGCAACAGGACCAGGGAGUCCAGGGGGGUCUGGUCUCUGCAGGUUCUGACCAGGAGUCAGCUGAGCUGCUGGCCUCAAAACUGGGGCUUCUCAAGACCAACCUAGUGUCCUUCCAGCACCUCCUGGAGGAACGCCAUGGGGAGGAGAGGAUGACCCCUGCUCUCCAAGACCCGGGAGGGCGUGGGCUGGCCAGGAUGCAGCGCAGUGCCAGCGUUCAGGAGAUGUUCUCCUCUCCGAAGAACAAGCUGCUGCGUCAGAGCAGCGUUCAGCAGCAGAAGGAGCUGGAACAGGAGCUGAGUGAGCAGAGGGGACUGACCCGAGCCAUCGCUAGGCAACACAGCAGAGGACGCCUCCACGGCCAGGACCCAGAAGAACCCAGCUUGCCGUCGUCACGGAGAACCUCCGUCCAGUCUGCCGUAGUCGGGAUGGAGGAGGAGGAGGAGGUGGGGAGGAGGAGCUGGGACCUCCUCCAGACUCAACUCCUGGCGCUGGAGGAGGAGGUGUUCCGACGCCCUGAGGAGGGGGCAGACUCCUCCCUCAGGGUGGUGGCAGGAGGCGGUGUGAGGGCCCCCCAGUUGCUAAAGGACCUCCAGGACCUCUCAGCCCGUCUUCAAGCCCUGGGCGCCUCCGCUGCUGUGAGACAGGGAGAUCCUGCAGGCGGCGCCAACCAGCAGCUGGUGGAGGGUGCGUGUGAUGCGCUGUACGGGGCGUCCCUGUCGCUGUCCAGCGUCAACACCCUGCUGAGUUCACCGCCGGUGAUGACACGUACAGAGGGGGCGGAGCUACAGCUGGGGCAGCUACAGAACCUGUCAGCUGAGCUGGGCUCUCUGAGCGGGGAGCUGACCUCUCUGGGGUCCGAGCUCACGGGGGUCCUGGGCUCAGCGUCCGGACAGCGGUGCCUAGACCUCCUGAUCAGGGUCCUGCCCGCGGUCCAGACCAGACUGAGAGACCGACGGAACCAUCUAGAACUCCUCCAGCAGAAGAGCUCACAGCUUCAGAGGAGACUGAAAGAGUUGCAGGCAGAACUUGAUUCUAACUGGUCUGCCGUGCACCAAUUAACCACCGAUCCUAUCGAGGGACAGGAGCUAACCCGACGCCUCCAGGAUCAAGCCUGUGAGGUUGACGUUCUCCUGGAGGAAGUGAAGUCAUCGUCGCUUCCUGUCUGCCUGUCCCAGCAGGCCACUGCGCUCCAGGGUGCGCUUGAUGUGGCCCAGGCAGGGGUGAGCUCCAGAAGGGAGGAGCUACAGGUGGGAGCCGAUCUCCAGCGGCACUACGAGAGACUGGUGCUGGGUCUGGAGGAGCUGGUGACACUGGGGUCCCAACGCCUCUCUAUGCUGCCAAGCGCGGAGCUCCACACCAGGGACAGGCUGGAGGGCCUGCUGAGCUCCCAUACGAAGUUCUUCCAAUCCCUGGACAGACACGUGGGAAGCCUGCAGUACCUGUCUGGGCGGGUCCAGGACGGCGCCCCCGGCAGGCGGGCUGAGGAAGUGCAGGUGCUGCAGGAUAAAGUCUCUCAGCUGAGGCUACAAGCCCUGGAGCACGGCUGCAAGAUGGAGGACACCUUACAGACUUGGGCCCUGUGGGAGCAGGACAGCUCCUGGCUGGACGGCCUCUUAUCAGACACAGAGACUUCAGCUCCCAAGAUGCACCUGGCUCAGGACUCUGAGGAAGAGCUGUCUAACAGAGUACAUUUGUACCAGAAACUGAGUGGCGCGCUGGAGGACAGCAGGCCGAGGCUGGGGCAGCUGUCGGAGGCGGGGCUUUGGCUGCAGGGGGCGGGCUGUAGGGAGGUGGGCGUGGCCACCAAGAAGCAAGAGGCUCGCUGGAACCGCCUUCAUAAGAGGCUGGACCGCGACAGGAAGCUCACCGAACGCAACAGGAAGCUACUCAACAGGUUCACCCUCCAAUCGGCUUCGCUGAUUGAAUGGAUGGGCGGGGCCAGGGAGCUGAUUGACAGGUGGAGACACUCCGUUGACCCUACCAAUCAGGAUCAGCCAAGUCUUCGGCAGAGCUGGGAUGACAUCAUGCUUCAGUUCAUGGAGUUCUCCAAGGAGCUGGCGGCCCGGUCUGAGCUGAGGGCGUCAGUGGUGAGUGCCGGGACCCUGUUGUCAACCGCCCACCAGGGAGAGAGCGAGUGGGCGAGAGACACAGAGGGAGACCAGGAGGGGGAUGAGCUGCCCCCUGCAGCCCAGCCUGCUGGUGCCGAUCCUGGGUACGUCUCCAGCCGGCUGAGGCAGGUAGAUCUGGUCUGGAACCACCUGCAGACAGAGGUUCAGGAGAUCCAACACAAACUACAUCAGCGGUGGUUGGAGUGUCGCGGCCACCAGGGGGCGAUGGGGGAGCUAAAGCUGUGGAUCAGCAGGACUGAAGCCCAGCUGGAGAACCAGGGAGAUGACCUCAACCAGUGCCUGCGUUUCUACAAGGAGCGCCAGAGAGAGAUGUGUUUCCACCAGGCUACUCUUGACUUCACCCACCAGCCGGUGGUCCAGGGCUGCAGUACUCUGGACGGCCAGGGGGGGCGCUGUGGGGACGGAGAGCUGGCAGAGCAGCAGGGACUUCUCCACCACCGCUGGCUCAGUCUGCAGUGGAACCUCCACCAGCAGGUCCAGGACGUGACUGAGGGGUUGAGAUCCAAAUCCCAGCGACAGGAGAGACUGAACCAGAUCACCUCCUGGAUCAACGACCAGAAGAGCUGGCUAGACUCCGCCCUCUCUCCCAACAGCCAAUCAGAAGUGGAGAAAAGCCUUCGCACUUGUGAGGAGCUGGAGGAGAAGGUCCAGCAGAGGACCUCAGACCUCCAGGCCCUGAGCACCGGAGCCCAGGGCCUGUGGUACUCCUCCGCGGUGGGGCGGGCCGUGGAGUGCUGCUCCGCCCUCUCCCAGCAGAGGGGGUUGGUUGUCCGGAGUCUGACCAAGGUCCAGCUCCUGUGGGCCCACCUGGAGUCCACCCUCAGACUGGUUACCGCGGAGACCACCAGGACGGCCCAGACGCUGCGUUACCACGGAGACGUGCAGCCGUGCCUCGGAGCACAGCGUGACGUCCAGCAGGCCCUUCAGCGUGUGAGAGGUGAGGCAGAGGCAGCAUCCCAACGGUGGGACGUCCUGGAUGGAGACGUCUCCGCCCUGCAGGGACAGCUCCGUCCUGCUGCUGGAGACCUGCUCCGCCAGCGAAGAGACGCCCAGAGAGACAGGUGGGCUCAGGUGUGUCGCAACGUUGACCGGCGCCUCUGUAGAGGCGGGGCCUUGCUAGAGAAGUGGGAGGAGUAUACUGGCCUGGCCACGCCCCUUCUUCUGAGGCUCCAAACCCUGCAGGGGGAGACGGCCGCCCUGAUGACCCCCACAGACCCCACCCGGGACCCCAACCAGGACCAGACCCAGGACCAGACCCAGGACCCCCCCACGGACCCAACCCAGGGCCGGGUCAGGGCUCUGAUCCAGAGGGCGGAGUCCCUCCAGCAGCGUGUGGCCGUGUUGCAGACAGACCUGGAGGAGGGGCUUAGGGCCUCCAAGAACCUGAUUGGUGACCUGGAUCCCAUGACCACUGACCUCGUCCAAUCAGAGUGCCGGCUGCUGGCCCGCGGUGUGCUGCAGCUCAGCCAAUCGUUGGUCAGGAAGCUGACUCGGAUGCAGGAGGACCUGGAUCAGCUCCAGGACUUUGACAGGAUGUUGGGGUCUCUCGAGGGACAUCUGGACCAAUGGCAGAAGGUUCUGGGAGGAGCCCAGACCCAAGACACGCCCCCCUCGCAGUGUGAUCUGCUGGAGCCCAGCGGGUGGUCAGCUGACCUGGACGUCCUGAAUGAGCAGAGCCACUUCCUGCCACUGGGGGGCGCUGCCACGCACCGCCUGCAGAGACUAAACCACGCCUGGGCUGAGACUAGCGCCAGGGCCCUGGAGACCUGCAGCGUGCUGCAGGCGGCGGCCCUCCAGCAGCAGUGCUUCGGGGGGCAGUGUGAGCUGUGGGCCUCCUUCCUCCAGAGGAUGGAGGACAGCCUGGCGGUGGAGCUGCCCGGCUCCUACACCGGGCUGAGGGAGCAGCUCAGGACCCACCAGAGGUUCCAGGUGGAGGUCUCCAUCGGGCACCAGACCCUCCACUCGGUGGUGUCUGAAGCUCUUCUGCUGCUGCAGAGAGGAGAGGUGGAUGACAGGAGUGACUUCCUGCUGCAGCUGUCCCAGCUGCGGGCGCAGUGGGCGGGGGCGGUGGGCCGGGCGUCUCAGCGCUGCUCCCUGGUGGAGGGGCUGGUGAAGCACCGCCACGCCUACACCCGCGGCCUACGCAAGAUCCAGCACUUCCUGUCUGAGAGCCAGGCCCUCCUGCCCCCAGCGGGGCCCCCCAGGGGCAGCCUGCUGCUACUGCACCGGUCCUGGAGGGCCCUGCAGCGAGUGGCUCUGCUGUCCCAGCGCUACCAGAGCAGCUACCUCCAGACGCUGGAGGUGGGCCGCCAGCUCUUCUCCAUGGGGGACGAGGACACCCAGGCCGGGCUGCAGGCCGAGCUGGGGCCCCUGCAGGAGGGCUGGGACCGGCUCCACCAGCAGCUGGCCAAGAGGACCGCCCUCACCCGGUCCAUCAUCCAGAACUGGGAGCUGUGCGAGACCCGUCUAGCCGACAGCACGCUGGCCCUGAAGGACGUGAAGACCAGACUGAACCGGUCGAUGUCAGAGUGGCCCAGCGAGCGGCCGGGCGAAGAGCAGUUCUACGAGGAGUCUCAGAGCAUGCUGGGAGACUGGGCCGAGAGCCUGUCUGAGCUGAGCAUGAUGAAGACGGACCUCUCUCAGUACAUCAUGGCCGACAACGUUCUGCUGCUACAGGAGCAGGUCGCCCAGCUCAACAGCCAAUGGGAGGACCUCUGUCUACAGGUGUCGCAGCGGAGGCAGGAGAUCGCCGACCGCCUCAAUGCGUGGGUGAUCUUCAACGAGAAGAACAAGGAGCUCUGUGAUUGGCUGAGCCAGAUGGAGAACCGGGUGCUGGACGACUCUGACAUCAGCAUCGAGGACAUGGUGGAGAAACUCAAGAAGGACUGCAUGGAGGAGAUCAACCUGUUUGGCGAGAACAAGGGCCACCUCAAGCAGCUGGGGGAGCAGCUCAUCUCGGCCAGCAGCCAGAGCCGGGAGACGGAGGUCCACCACAAGAUCCAGGACGUCACGGACCGCUGGCAGCACCUGUUCGACCACAUCGAGACCAGGGUCAGGAAGCUGAAGGAGACCCUAGGAACCAUCCAGCGGCUGGACAGGAACAUGAGCGGCCUGCGGACCUGGCUGGCCCGCGUGGAGGCGGAGCUUACCCGGCCCGUCGUCUACGACCACUGCCACGGCGACGAGAUCCAGAAGAAACUGUCAGAGCAGCAGGAGCUGCAGCGGGACAUCGAGCAGCACUCGGCGGGCGUGUCGUCGGUGCUGGCGCUGUGCGAGGUGCUGCUGCGCGACGGGGACGCGGGCGUGGCCGCGGGCGUGGCCGGGGGCGGGGCUGGGGGCGGGGGCGGGGCCCACCUGGAGAACGACUCCAUCCAGCAGACCAGCUGCAGCCUGGACCGCCGCUGGAGGAACAUCUGCGCCAUGAGCCUGGAGCGCCGCAUGAGGAUCGAGGAGACCUGGCGGCUCUGGUCCAAGUUCCUGGACGACCACGCCCGCUUCGAGGACUGGCUGCGGUCGGCGGAGGUCACGGCGGCCAACCCCCAGGCCGCCGACGUGCUCUACACCACCGCCAAGGAGGAGCUGAAGAAGUUUGAGGCCUUCCAGAGGCAGGUCCACGAGAGGCUGACCCAGCUGGAGCUGGUCAACAAGCAGUACCGCCGGCUGGCCCGGGAGAACCGCACGGACGCCUCCGGCCGUCUGAAGGCGCUGGUCACGGAGGGGAACCGGCGCUGGGACGUCCUGCAGCGGAGGGUGGCGGCCGUGCUGCGCCGGCUCAAGUACUUCACGUCCCAGCGGGAGGACUUCGAGGGCACCCGGGAGGGGCUCCUGGUGUGGCUGACGGAGAUGGACCUCCAGCUCACCAACGUGGAGCACUUCUCCCAGAGCGACGUGGAGGACAAGAUGAGGCAGCUCCACGUGUUCCAGAAGGAGAUCACCCUGAACACGGACCGCAUCGACGGCCUCAUCGUGUUCGGCGAGCAGCUGAUCCAGAAGAGCGCGCCUCUGGACGCGGUGCUGCUGGAGGACGAGCUGCAGGAGCUGCACGCCUACUGCCAGGAGGUGUUCGGCCGCGUGGCGCGCUUCCACCAGCGGCUCCUCAACCGGAGACCGUCCCCCCAGGUCCUGGAGGAGGAGCGGGACCUGGACGACCUGGAGGACCUGGAAGACCUGGAGGACUCCGUCGACCUGGGGUCGAGGUCCCCCUGGGGGGCCGGGGAGAGGGCAGGGCCCGGGGCCCCGGUGCUCCUCCUCGGUGGGGGCCAGGCCACGUGCCACCUCCUGGUGCCUCCCCUGGAGCGGUCGGGCCGCGGGACCCCCGCCAGCCUGGACUCCAUCCCCCUGGAGUGGGACCACACGGUGGACGUGGGGGGGUCUUCGUCCCACGAGGACGAGGAGGAGGCCACCUACUUCAGCGCCCUGUCGGAUGGAAGGGUCACCAAGAGGUCAGAGUCCGUUCUCAUGGCGAAGGCCCGGGCCAUGGUGGCUGCCUCUGUGAAGUCUGGUUCUGAAGCUCCCAGCUGGCACCAGCCCUCCAGCCCAGACAUGAAGCCCAGAGAGGGCCUCCGAGGUCGGACUGCCUCCCCCCCACACACCCCUGCCUCCCCCUCACCACAGCAAGGCUACGCCAAGCUGAUGUCGGAGUGCAGCGGCAACAUCGACAGCGUGAAGCGGGUCAAACUGGUGCUGAACGACGAGGAGGAGCUGGAGGAGGCCGGACUCACCUGCAGCACGGCUGAAAAACACACCUGCACAGGUGUGAUCGAACGCUGGGAGCUGUUCCAGGCUCAGACCAUCUGCAAUGAGCUGGACGUCCACCAGGACCUGGAGCGGUGGAAGAAGCUCAACUCUGACCUCAGUGAUCUCACUUCUUGGCUGGGCAGAAUGGGGCCAGAGCUGGAGGAGCUCCAGAGGCUCGCUCCAGCCACCAGCCUCCAGGAUAUAGAACGCAACAUCUGGAAGCUCAAGGACAUGCAGAGGACGUUAAACCGCCACAAGGGCGCGGUGUACUCCAUCAACCUGGGCAGCCGCCACUUCCAGCGGGGGGACAGCCCUGAGGUCCGCAGGCUCCAGGAGGACCUCCAGGAGGCCAACCAGCGCUGGGCCGGGGCCUGCGCCGGCCUCCAGGCCUGGGAGACCGGCCUGCAGGGGGCGCUCAUGGAGUGCCAGGAGUUCCACGAGACGCUCCACUCCCUGCUGUUGGGGCUGGCCCGGGUGGAGGGCCGCCUCCAGGCCUGCAGCGCCCUGGACGCCCGCGCCCCCCGCCCCGCCCUGCUGGCCCAGAGGCAGCUGCUCACGGUGGUGCAGGAGGAGCUGCGGGGCCAGCAGCAGCAGGUCUCCUCCCUCCAGGAGAUCUCCUCCCAGCUGCUCCUGGAGGUGACGGAGGAGGACGGCCUGGAGGCCAAGGAGAAGGUCCACGUCAUCGCCAACAAGCUCCGCCUCCUGCUGAGGAGGGUGGGCGGGGAGCUGGGCGCCCUGCGGGGGAGGCUGGUGGGUCACGUGAUCACUGCCCGCCAUGAAACCAGUCAAACCAGCUUAGAGACGGACGGCCCGGAUCUUGGCCCACCAGCCCCACCUCCGGAGCUCCAACAGGAGGACGUCGGCAUGGCAACGGGAGCCCCCCCACCUGCCCCCGUAAGACCCCAGGCCGGGCGGCGAGACGCCUCCCCGCCGCGCUCCUUCUUCCAUAGGGUUCUCCGGGCGGCCCUCCCCCUCCACCUCCUCCUCCUGCUGCUGAUGGUGCUGGUGUGUCUGGUGCCCCUGGCCGAGGAGCCCUACAGCUGCACCCUGGCCAACAACUUCGCCCGCUCCUUCUACCCCAUGCUGCGCUACACCAACGGACCCCCGCCCACGUGAUCCUCCGCCCGCCAGGCCGCUUGGGACGUCAGGGGGUGGUGGAGGAGACCCCGACUUUGGGUGGAGGUUCCGGGUGGUGUUCCUGUUUGAAGCACCCGGUUCCCGUAUGCUCAGAUCAUUUUAAAUGGACUCCUUGGAGGGGGGUCCCGAGGUGAGUUGGACCAGGGUUGGGACCCCCCUCACCUUUAAGGACUUUGAGACAAGAGCCCGCUUGUGCAUCUGCUCGACGUGUGUUUUUGCUUUCUUUCAAUAUGUAUUUAUUUAACGUUUCGCUCAGUGGAGCUUUUCUUUGGCCUAAAUCGUGUGGUUUGGUUUUAAACGUAAUCUUUGUGUCGACACCUCGGCCAGGUCCAAGACCUUCCCGUUCCCCCUCGCGCUUCCAGUGCCCAGAACAUUGAAGAGCUUUAUUUUCAUGCCUAUUUUCCUUGGGCUAGCCUCGUCUCCUUGUGUGGUUCGGACAGACGAAGCCCAGCUGGGAAGCCCAGGGCUGGGUUGCUACACGCCACACGGAUCCCAAUCACGGCCGCUGCCGUUCCGACGUAUUGUAACAUGUCAGGGUUUGGACCGAAGGCUAACUCAACGGAUCAGCCAGUUCUUGUCAGCAGAACUGUUGUCAUUCAGACAACACUUUCCUGACUCUUUACCCCUGCUCAUCACUGUUUAUAUGUUGAGGGGAUUAAGAAAGUACACAGAUUAGUCAUAUCUCAAAGUUUGUUAUUAACCACCCCUGUCAGGCCCUCAAUACAAGCCGUGAAUCACAAGGCGUUUGUUUUAUGCUCCUUGAUGCGCCAGGAGGGUGGGCCUCCUCUCUUAGGUACAGUAAAACCAUCACUCCUUUUGCCAAGCUCGGGGAAAUGACGUAAUCGAAAAAUGCCAAAAUAACGCCAAAUCAUAUGUCAUUGUCAGAAUACAAAAUUGCCGUUAGAAUUCCACCCACCUGGCACACCGGCUGUGUUAAAACAAACGCUGCCUUGAGUGUUUGUGUGUGUGUGUGUUGUUGCCAGUCAGCGUAUGUAUCGUGUGGAACUGAAAUGCUGCCCCCAGUGUCGCUCCACUGCCGUGUGGUUCCCCCUCCGGAUGUUUGGCUCCUAUUCUACCAACACUUAUCUGGUAGAACGUCCAGAUGUUUGGCUCCUAGUAUACCGACACUUAUCUGGUAGAACGUCCAGAUGUUUGGCUUCUAGACUAACCAACACUAAUCUGGUAGAACGUCCAGAUGUUCUGCUCCUCUAGAGGUAACCUGGGUUAGUCCGAGCUCCAGAUGCAGAAUGAAUGUGAUCCUUUCAGGGGUCUAUGAAGGAGCAAGAUGAGGAGCAGCAGAUCCACAUUAAGGCCUUUGGGAUGAACUUCUCCUGCAGUACGGUGAGAGGAAGGGAUCCGACUCCUUCACAUAGAGCCGUUUGAAUAUUUUUGUAACACGACGAUAAGUUCAACCAAUCACUGCCUGAGGAACACAGACACGCACGGCAGAGACACAAGCACGGUGUACAGUUUAUUAUGGGAUGUAUUGAUUGUCAUUCUGAAAAAAGGCAUUAAACAUGCUUUGGUCAUGGUGUGUUUCCAAACUGUGUGUGUAAGUGUGUGUGUUUGGUAAAAAAGGACUUUACACGUGUGUAGAGUGUGCAUGUGGUCACAUUUGAGAGAAACAAACAUAACGAAUACUUGGCGGGUCGGUGAAACACGAGUCUCCCGCUCUACAUCAUACAACAUAAGACAUGCAUGUCAUAUAUAUGUUGCACAACAGGUACAUUACAUACAUUGAACACAUGGUAUCCAUAACAUAUAUGACUUGGUGUAUAACCACACACCUCUCCUUCAUGUGGCAUGGGUCUCUUUAAUGACACGGACAUCAGGGCGUUUCCAACUUCCCUGUAACUCAAACCUUUCAGUCGGUCGUUGUGGUUCAUGCUGUCGGAUGGCGGAGCCAUAAGGUUCUUCAUCCUUUUGAAAAGCUCAACAUCUUUAGUCCACAGGCCCUGAUUAUUGGUUGACAAAUUUGAACUCAAACUUCUUUGUAUCAGAGGGUUUUAAAGGUGUACGUUUGCGUUUUCAAGAUUCAAACAUAAUGUCCUUCACGUGCCACGCACGUGAGCACGCUGAACAGCGUCAGCAUGGAUUAGAGUUUCAAAUGGCCAGGAGGGAGUCUCCGUUAACAGUCAUAGCAAGGACACUUUACGUCUCACGUAUC